AGACAGCGGAAGGACUUUCCGGACGGCGCUGUCGCUCACGGCCCCGCACCAAUCACCGCGCAGCCUGCCCUCGGGCCCACCCCUUUGGGGGGCGUGUCCUUGGUGAGUGAUAGACAGAGCCGCCCGGCCCGCUCAGCCCAGCCCACGUUGCUGCUUAGGUUGAAAUGCAGAACUCAAGCCUCUUUCAGCGGGGCACAGACUUCCUUUUACUCCUUCCUUUUGCACUCUCGCCGCCUCCUCCCGGAGAGAAGCGGAGGCACCCACGGCCCGGGGCAGCGACAGGCUGGGACACUGAAGCCGUGCGAAAAGUUUCUUUCUGGAAGCUCGGAACUGGGGCCCGGUUGGUGUGCUGCUCGGAGCAAUGGAGCCAGCCUUCGGGGAGGUGAACCAGCUGGGAGGAGUGUUCGUGAACGGGAGGCCGCUGCCCAACGCCAUCCGGCUUCGCAUCGUGGAACUGGCCCAACUGGGCAUCAGACCGUGUGACAUCAGCCGCCAGCUACGAGUCUCUCAUGGCUGCGUCAGCAAGAUCCUGGCGCGCUACAACGAGACAGGCUCGAUUUUGCCAGGAGCCAUCGGGGGCAGCAAGCCCCGGGUCACCACCCCUACCGUGGUGAAGCACAUCCGGACCUACAAGCAGAGGGACCCCGGCAUCUUCGCCUGGGAGAUCCGGGACCGCCUACUGGCCGACGGCGUGUGUGACAAGUACAACGUGCCCUCCGUGAGCUCCAUCAGCCGCAUCCUGCGUAACAAGAUCGGCAACUUGGCCCAACAGGCCCAUUACGACUCGUACAAGCAGCACCAGCCCGCUCCGCAGCCGGCGCUGCCCUAUAACCACAUCUACUCCUACCCCAGCCCCAUCACGGCGGCCGCCGCUAAGGUGCCCACGCCGCCCGGGGUGCCCGCCAUCCCCGGCUCCGUGGCCAUGCCGCGCACCUGGCCCUCCUCCCACUCCGUUACCGACAUCCUGGGAAUUCGCUCCAUCACCGACCAAGAUCUAGCACCAAAUGGACUCCCAACUGUGAGCAGUUUUGUGUCAGCAUCCAGCAUGGCUCCUUAUCCUACCCCGGCCCAAGUGUCGCCUUACAUGACCUACAGUGCUGCUCCUUCUGGUUAUGUUGCUGGACACGGAUGGCAACAUGCCAGUGGCACCCCACUUUCCCCCCACAACUGUGACAUUCCCGCAUCGCUGGCAUUCAAGGGCAUGCAGGCAGCCAGAGAAGGUAGUCACUCGGUCACAGCUUCCGCACUCUGAUGGGAAGUUCUGUCUGCAACAGCUUCACCAGGGCCCCCUCAGCACACCCGCCCCAUCUCCCCCACCCUCAGAACGCACCCCCCUUUCCUCCCUCCCUUCUGCCUGGAGAGCUGCUUUUACGGACUCACCUCCUUUGUGCUGGUGACACUUAAAUAUUUCUUGCCAUAACUUCUCUUUCACAGAAAACCUGACAUGAUGUUAGGAUUCAAAAACAAAAGCAAUAUUAAGGACUGAAUGAGACAUUUGUGCUGCCCACACACUGUUUUAAUGUCGUGAAGAAACCUGCACCCCUCAAAGGGCUUAAGGAACUUUUUAAAUGAUUCUUUGGUAAAACCACAUGUGUAUAUUUAUUCUAAAUCAACCUAAACUUUUGAAACGUGCAAUUGUUGAGAUUUCACAAAAUCAAUAAAGGAAAAUACAUAUAGAAGAAAGUUAUGCUACACCCUCUAAUCAAAUAAGGUGACCAAAUAAGCCUUAAUUCAUCAUUAGGAAACCAAACAAUAAUUGAUUUGAGUGAUCCUUUAUUUUUAAGAGAUGACCUGUUUUGUUGGAGAAUAUAUGUAUAACACAAGCAAUAUCUGAAUUUAGCUCCUCCCGGUAUUUUGGCUUGGUUCCAAAUAUGACAAUGUUUAUAUUUCUAUUAGUUUGUAAAUAUGGACUCUGGAUGGUGCAUUUGUGUUUUCAUUCCAUGGGGUGUCCCCCUCCCCCACUCCUCUAUUUUUUCUUUCUUUUUGCAAAGGUGACUUUUUGGCAACGUUUUUGUCUCUGUUUGGUGGUGGGCUGCUCAGGCUCCUGGAUCUGGACUUGCCAUAAAUUCUGUGUAUGCAGGGAAGGCUUCAACAUCGCAUGAAGGACAUUUUCUUUCUACAGCAGAGAAUUCCAACAACAGAUAAAACAAGCCAGUCUCCUAUUCUGUACCCUAAUCAGACAACACACGUGCCAAACAUACAAAGACAAGGUGGAAAAGGUUUGAACAAGAAGGCUCUAAAGGAAGUCACUUAGAAACUCAACGUUUAAUGUGAAAAGCUUUGCAAAGACACUUAAAAUGAACUUUCUGUUAAGAAAACCACUGUGAAACUAAAUUGUACUGUUAUUGUUGGCUAACCUGUGUGUUCAGCAAUCUCAGCCCAAAAUUACGUUGUAAUUUAAAGAAAAUGGGAAAUUCUGCUCUAAUGAAUGUAAAAAUGGCUUGCUGUGAAGUUUACAUUGUUGUACAGAAGCAUGUUUCACAUGUAGGUAAACUGGUGGUGGUAUUAGUAAUACAGAUGCUAUUUAAUUUUUAAAAUUUCCCUUUAUUCAUUUCUGGAGUUACAGGACACUGUUUAACUGGUAAAUCUUUCUAGACCAAUUUUAACGUUAAUAAUAGAGCUGUGGGGCAUAUGUGUGUGUGAACGUGUGAUUAUAUGUUGCAUUUUAAAACAAUUGAUUUUCUUGGGCAAAAUUCUAGUUUUUAAUCUCUUCUGUUUAGAAUGUUCUUCCUGUUUGGCAAUAUAGGCUUAAAAAUAUGUUUGUAAAACAUUGGUACAAUUCACCUGUUGGAGAAUUAAUAUAUUGCAAGUUUUUGGUAUUAAUUCUGUGCAAUAACUAAAAGGGCACAUCACUUGAUAUGGUUGUUAGAGAUGGGUUAGGUGAUUUUGAUUUCUUCCUUUCUGUGCUGUGCACAGCCUAUAUGGCAAUCAAGUUAUCACAUUGGUUUCACGGCUUCAUUGAACACUCAGAUGGCUAGAUUAGCUAGGUUUUCAAAUCACUAGGAUAUAAACAGUAAACAGAUUUCUGACAUACAAGUUAUGUUCAAGGAAUUGUUUUCUCCAAGCAGCAGAUAUCUUAUAGAGAGCUUUGAACUGCAUU